AUUUAAUUGGCUCAAAUGAAAACAACUACAACAACAACAAUGGCUGCGCCCAUGGUGUGAUUGUAUUUACAUUUUCUGUAAACACAAUUAAAUACCUGGCAUUAAAGAAAUGGAUGAAUGUUCAUCAAAUGAAGAAGUUGAUGCUCAGAGGGAAACAAACUGUGGACCAACGUCUGAAGAAUUUAAAAAUAAUCAUUGUGUGGAGACUCUAGGGAACGCAGAAUAUGUCACACAUAUGUCACUUGCUAACGAACCUGCAAAAGAAAGCAGGCCAUUAAUUAACCCAGCUAUCAGGGUAAACAUGCUUGCAAGAGUAGCAGUGUCUAGUGCCCAUUUUAAACAUCAACAGAUUGGGGAACCAGACCUCACUCUGCAAGAAAAAAUUGAAAUUGCACAAAAUGUAUUGGAUUCAAAUAAAGUUUUAUUUUUAUCUAAGUUCUCGAACUUUUUAGAACUUGAGGACUUAGAAUUUUUUCAAGAUUCAAGGCAUGUGUACGAAAUUGACUUUUAUGUGAAACAGGUGAUGAAAUCUAAAAAUAAAGGUAUACAAAGAAAUAGGGUAAAAAAUAGACGCUAUGAAGCAAUGAAGGAACUUAUUUCUCAAGGGGAUUAUUUUAGUGAAGAUGAAAUGAAAUUUAGAGAGCCAUAUUUGUAUGACCAAAUGGUUGGCCAGUACCUGACAGAUGAUGAAAUUCAGGCUAAAGUGGACAAAUCAGACUUGACAUUCUCAAAUAUUCUGCUGAAACACAUUGACAUACUUAAUGAGAACGUCCGCUUUGAACACUCGAAGGAUGUUGAGGAAGGUCAGAUGGAGGAACAUGAAAGUGAUGAAGAAGAAAAUGAAAAUGAAGAAGCAAACAUGGAAGAUGAGGACGAAGAAAUGGAGGAUGGAAAACCGAAGAUUCCCGAGGUGCAAAGGCAGGCUUUGCGAGAAGAAUUCCUCACGCUGAUGCAAGAAAAAUUUCUACGAGGCGAUGAUAAAAGUUUUGAUUACAGUAAAGUGGACAACAAUGAGGCCUAUGAUGACCUGAGAACGCUGAAUGCCGAUGCGGAGGAGAAAUACUUUGAAGAUGAAGACGCCGAGAGCGUGCAUUCUGAUACUAAUUCUUGAACUGGGAAAUAUAAUUAUUGUGAUUAUUUGAGUCUCGGUCUGGGAAAACAGGGUUUAAUUCAUGUGUGUAUAAAGUGUUUUCCCAGAUUAGCCUGUGCAGUAAGCAGGGACAUUUUCUGCUUUAAUGGAUUUUUGUGUUUAAAGGAAGCAUCUUCUAGACGAAAACUCUAGUGUAGAUGAAAAGUGUCGUCCCUGAUUAGCCUGUGCGGACUGCAUAGGCCUGUCUAGGAUGACACUUUAAGCACAUGAAUGAAGCCCAGUGUUUCCCAGAACCAGGCU